UUGGUUAUCACGUCCGUCUCACAUUCGGAUUCCCGCAGUUGAGGACUGUGUUUCACGGGAGGUCUCCGGUUCGAGCCCGGGUCGAAUCAGUUUUUUCUGCUCGCACCAUCCGAGAUACUUUCAUUUCGGCUGUCCCUAUCCUAAACUUGGACAACGUAAUUCACUGUUCCCUGCGCGAUUCCAUUUCGACGACAGCGAGAGCAUGAAAGUGCGCGUUUUCAGGAUCCAGAUGAUUCUUCACUAUCUCCUUCACGACACGCGUUCCACCAAUCAAUAUAUCUCGCUCCCCAUCCAGCCAUUCAUCGUGAUCCACUGGCCCGUUUUUGCCGCCGUCCAUCUCAUAAAUGUGGCCAUCCAGUUGCGAAGGGAUAAACGCAGCGUAGUGCCCGGGAACGACAUCGUCGGCAUGCAACACUUGACUGGUACCGAGGGGCGCACAGUCGUUGUACAGCGCUGCGAUGGGUGAGAAGGACUCGAGGAACGAAGCCCGGUCGGGAGGCGACAUGGGGAGCGCAGAGGCGAUGAACUUUCCCAUGGGCGAAUCUGGGUCUUAUACCAGUGGUCAGCCAGCAAUGACCUGUGUGCGGACACUCCACCAGAAGGACGAGAAGUCACGAACGAACCUAUAUACGGCGAAUCUACACCCAAUCGACUCAAGUUUGAAACGAUGUGCAUCAGUGCGAAGAACCCGCAUGCGUGGGGGACGAUCUGCUCGACCCACAACAUCGGCUCGUCGGACCCUCGACCAGCAUACCCUCGCCCCGCAUCUCGCGCUUUCUCCCGCUCGUAGUCGAUCGAGGAUUCGUACGCGGGGUUGGUAUUGUACACCAGAAUGAUUCCGCGCAACUUGCCUGGCAGAGCCAAGGGACC